AUGAGGAUUGCAACCCUUCAAUUCGCGCCGAAGCUGGGCGAUGUGGAGGGGAAUAUUGAGAGGGCAAAUUCCUUGCUGAGGAGCGGCAAGGUGACUUCUUCAGGGACUGAGCAUGGGGUUGGUGUUGAUCUGUUGAAACCUGACGUUUUGGUGUUGCCUGAGCUGGCGUUGACUGGUUAUAACUUCCCUAGUUUGAAAGCAAUCCAGGGAUAUGCUGAACCAGCUGGGAAAGGCCUCUCGGCCAACUGGGCGCGUGAAACUGCUAAGCGCCUGCGAUGCAAAGUCUGCAUCGGAUACCCGGAGAUUGAGAGGGACUUAGAGGAGCCCGAUAAAGUAACAUACUAUAACUCACUUCUUGUUGUUGAUGAAGAGGGUGAAAUUGUUGUCAACUACCGCAAGACGUUCUUGUAUUACACUGAUGAAACGUGGGCGGCUGAAGGCCAAGUUGAGAGAGGGUUCUAUGAGCUUGAAUUUGCUUCUCGGGUCAAGUCGUCCUCCUUGGAAACCCUGCCGCAGGAGCCCAAGCGAAUCGCCACCUCGUUCGGUAUCUGCAUGGAUAUCAAUCCGUACAAGUUCGAAGCGCCUUUCGACAAGUGGGAAUUCGCUACUCGAGUUCUUGACUCCAAAUCUCAGCUUGUCAUAUUGUCCAUGGCCUGGCUGGCCAUGCCCGGCCUUGAAGACCUCGACGCCCUCAAAGAUAAGCCCGAUAUGGACACUUUCAACUACUGGCUUCAGCGGUUCUGGCCCCUCCUGCAAAGGAAAAUGCGACACCAGGUGGACAUCGAUGGCGGAAAGGCGGCGGAUUCUCCGAAGAAGAUCAUCCUUGUUUUUGCCAAUCGGUCGGGUGAGGAACCACCAACUGAGGAGACCAAGCCACCGGCGCGAUAUGCGGGAACAAGCACUAUCGUUGCCGUGACGCAACGGCCCACUCCCGAUCCCGCGGAGCAAGACGCAGGGUCAGGUGCGCAGACCCCUGGUGUGGAAAGUGAGACAGAUGAUGCGGAUGAUCCACGUGCAUUCGACGUGAAGAUCCUCUGCUGGGAUAUGCUAGGUGCGCAGGAGGAAGGCAUCUGUUUCGCUGAUACCACAGCGGAUCCACGUAUGGUCUUUGCUCUUAAGAAAGCUAUCUGA